AUGCUAAAGUCAUCGAUUCUCCCUCUGACACGUCAGGCUAGAAGACCAGUCACGUCAGCUAUCUCUUUCCUACCGGUUAGAUUGAUCAAUGGUUUCCAUAGCAGUAGGACCAAUCAGCAGAAAGAGUCUCAAGGCCGGAAUCAUCAUGAAAGACAGUCAAGAAAGCCCAUUCUGCUAGCUUCGACACUAUCCGCAACAGCAACUACCAUUGCAGGCGGUAUCUUGUUGUCACUUCUGGGAUUUAACAACAAUAGCAAGGAUAAAGAUGAUUCAAAUUACGCAACUCGCGAACAAAUGGAACUGGCUGUUGAAGAGAUCAGGCAGGCACUUGGAGAAGAUGCCGUGAGCAUCGAAGAUGAAAUUCUACAUUCCCAUGGCUAUUCGGACUGGUCUACAAUUAACAUUGACAGACUGCCUGUUGCAGUCGCGUUUCCAGCAUCAACGGAGGAAGUUGCCAUUAUUGCCAGAAUUUGUCACAAAAGGCGUGUUCCUAUGAUCCCGUAUUCGGGUGGCUCAAGUGUUGAAGGUCAUUUCUCAGCCCCAUUCGGCGGCAUCAGUGUUGACUUUGUGAACAUGAACCAAAUUCUACAAGUUCAUGCCGAUGACCUCAACGUUGUUGUCCAGCCGUCUGUGCCUUGGAUGGACUUGAAUGAGAAGAUCAAAGAUACUGGAUUGUUCUUCCCAAUUGAUCCCGGCCCUUCGGCACAAAUUGGUGGCAUGAUCGGUACCAACUGCAGUGGCACCAAUGCUGUGAAAUAUGGAACAAUGAAGGAUUGGGUGGUGAAUCUAACAGUGGUCCUGGCCGACGGCACCAUCCUAAAAACUCGCAGAAGACCGCGAAAGUCAUCAGCUGGCUACAAUCUCAAUUCCAUGUUUGUUGGAUCUGAGGGAACCUUGGGGUUCGUGACCGAGGCUACUCUCAAGCUCGCCCCGAUACCAGAGAAUACUGGCAUUGCGGUAGUCACCUUCCCUACUGUCAAGGCGGCUGCCAGCAUGGCAAUCGAAGUUAUACGCCGCGGCGUGCCCAUCAGCGCUGUGGAGAUUCUAGACGAAGUCCUCAUGAGCGUGAUCAACAAAAUGGGUGCCACUUCCAGAGAUUGGAGUGAAGUCCCCACAUUGUUCUUCAAGUUCAGUGGUAGUGACGCCGUUGUCAAGGAUAGCAUCGCUCGUGUCCAAGAUAUAUCGAAGAAACACCAAGUGCAAAGCGUUCUCUUUGAAAGCGAUCCAGAUAAGCAAAAGGCUCUGUGGUCAGCGCGAAAAGAAGCCUUGUGGAGUAUGAUGGCAUUGCGAGAAACAGAUGGACAUGUUUGGUCCACCGACGUGGCCGUGCCUCUUUCUCGAGUUUCGGAGCUGAUCGAUGUGUCUAAGAAAGACCUUGUCAAGCUUGGUCUAUUUGGAAGCAUCUUAGGACAUAUUGGUGACGGUAAUUUUCACGAGACAAUUCUGUUCGAAGAGAAGCAACGCAACGAGGUCGAGAAGUGUGUUGACAAAAUGGUCUACCGCGCUCUUGAAAUGGAGGGCACAUGCACGGGCGAGCAUGGUAUCGGUUUAGGGAAGAAGGAUUUUCUAAGGGAGGAGGUCGGUGAAGCACCGAUCCAGGUGAUGAGGGCAAUCAAAACAAGUUUAGACCCGCAUUGGUUGAUGAACCCCGGUAAGAUCUUUGAUCGGGAAUAA